AAGAAGACGAGCUGUCGGUUUCUUGAUAGACAGCUGAUCGCUGAGUGAGCUGAUCAUCUCUACAUAAGAAUAUUUCUGACAGUAUUUGUUGUAAUGAAGGUUGAUCAGGUUAAAAAGGAAAGCUGGCUUUGGUGUGGAUUUGUGGACACCGUUCUGCUUUAAAGAAUGAGCAUGCACAGGAGGAAAGUUUGAUUGCAGUGGAAGAGUGAAACGUGAGGACUUUAUAUUAUCUGUGAUGGACUCAGAAGAGGGUGGACUGUGCUCUGUGGGAGAAACUCCACACAAUCCUGCUACACCGCAUUUACAGCAUUCUGAAGGUGUGCAAAAAGAGGAUCAACAGGAUAUAAUAUUUCUGAAGAAACCUAUAAAAGAGGAACAAUCCGAAGAUGAAGAUGACCUCUAUGGAGGUACACCGAGCUCUGUGAGCUGUAUCACCCAUGUUGAUCAGCAGGAUGGAGAAUUCCACAUGAAGCCUUUAAUAAAGGAGGAAGCUAAAGACGACUGCUACCUGUACUGUGAGGAUUGUGGAUCUUUCUUCAUCAACAAGUGUGAGAUUCACGGUCCAGCUCUCUUUAUCCCUGAUACCCCUGUUCCUCUGGGAGUUUCUGACCGAGCCAGGCAAACACUUCCACCUGACCUAGUGGUCCAGGAGUCCAGUAUUCCUGAUGCAGGCCUGGGAGUGUUUAAUAUGGGAGAGACCAUUCCAGUUGGUGCACACUUCGGCCCUUAUCAGGGAGACGUAGUAGACUGUGAGGAAGCUAUGAACAGUGGCUACUCCUGGGUGAUAUACGAGGGAACACAGUCUGAGAGAUAUGUAGAUGCCAACAGGGAGAUGCAUGCUAACUGGAUGAGGUAUGUGAAUUGUGCUCGAAAUAACGAAGAGAGUAAUCUUGUGGUAUGCCAGUAUCAAGGGGGGAUUCUGUUCCGUUGUUGUCGACACAUCGAACCAGGACAGGAGCUCUUGGUGUGGUACACAGAGGAGUACACAAAAUCUCAGCAUUCCAUUCGAACACCUCUGGAACAAAAAGUGCUCUACAGAUGGUGCUUGGCCACACUCCCUGCUGCCACAUACCCCCAUCGCCCGACUCGUCUGCAGCCGACUGUCUCCAAUAACUGGGACGUGAUCCUGCGCUGUGUGCACCUGGAGGAUGGCCUGGUGUUGGGCCUGUUGGAGUUUGGCUUUAACCACUUCUCUGUGUGUGAUUCUCACCACUGGUCUCCUCCAGCUCCGCCCUCCAUUCACAAACCAGCGAUUAUCCUUGCCCCGCCUCCCCCGCCACUGCCACAGGAAACACAAACUGAAACAAACCAGUGGAUUUGCACGCAAGACAAGCCGCAUCAGUGCUUGCAGUGUGGUAAGAGAUUUACAGAGAGAAGUACUCUCGACAAACACAAGCGAAUCCAUACCGGGGAGAAACCAUAUCACUGCUCAGAGUGUGGGAGGAGUUUUUCCCAGCUGAGCACUCUCCAACGGCAUCAGCGCAUCCACACCGGCGAGAAACCGUUUCGGUGCUCAAACUGCGGAGACCAAUUUUCGAAUCAGAGUAAUCUCCAACGACACCAACGCGUCCACACCGGAGAGAAACCAUAUAACUGUUCAAUGUGUGGGAUGAAUUUUACACAACGGAGUACUCUCCAGCGACACCAGCGCAUCCACACCGGAGAGAAACCGUAUCACUGCUCAAUGUGUGGGAAGGAUUUUACACAACGGAGUACUUUCCAGCGACACCAGCGCAUUCAUACUGGUGAGAAACCGUAUCAGUGUUCUCACUGUGAGGAGAGAUUUACUCAACAGAGCCUGCUCCAGUCACACCAACGCCUUCACACUGGAGAGAAGCCUUAUCACUGUCCAGAGUGUGGGAAACAAUUUACUGAGAAAAGUUCUCUUAAGAUACACCAGCGCAUCCACACAGGAGAGAAACCAUAUUACUGCUCACAGUGUGGACGAAGCUUUACUUUCUCAAGUUCUUUUAGUACACACAAGUGCACAAACUCAAAACUGUCACUUUGCAACACAUAGUUUUUUUCCAGUUUAUACAAAUGUUAUAUUUUUGGUUUUGCAUGAUUUGUGCAAUAUCCUUGCCAAUUUUUUUUAUCAAAAGGGGUCUUCUUUGGAGUGAUGCCUCAUUGGAGAGUGCUAGGGGAUCCAGGAUGGUUAACUGAAAUUGCUGCUUUUAAAUCUUUUAAGUCUUUUUGUUCUGAUGUACCACAUCAGUAAAAGUAUAAACUUAACUUAAAUGAACUUGCCGCAUUCCAUACGGGUGAACCUGAAAUUUUGUUGUACCCAAUGCAUGUCUUACUGAACAGUGGCUGUCUGGUUCUCAGCCCAGCUGUUCAUCUGCCAUGAUAGAAGGAAAUAUGAGACUCUCUGGUUUUAGAAGUGACUUGCCCACUGUGUAGUGGAUGUCAUUGUGUCAUCAUGUCAUUGUGUACAGUGGAUGUACUGGACACCCGUUACCAUAUCAUGCCACUCUCCUUCUCAUAAAUAUUACUAGAAGAUUUGAAGAAGAAGUCUCAUGGCUUGCCAGCUACUUAAAAUGACAAGUUAUCCAGCUGCUUUUCUCUAACCCUAUUGGUAAUGAGGGGUAAAACAGAAAGCUUGAACAGAAACUCUUUUCAAAGAAUACAUAUAUUCGUUUUUGUCAAACAAAAACUUUCAUCGGCUGUCUUACAGUUUGGCGGUGAAAACAUUUACCUUCAUGCAACAUUUACUUUCGGCCCAUGGCCAUAAUCAUUUUUGGCCCUUCAUAGGAAAAUGUUUCCUAUGGCACCUCUGCCCAAACCCAAACCUCUACAGCAACAGACAGAAUAAAAACUUUUUAAUGUUUAUUUAUUUUAUUGA